UACUUAUUUAGUCUAUUGCCAAAAAUGAAAAUGGCAGAAACCGAUUGACAUGUCUGCGAUUUUCGUAGUUUAUUUUUGGGUACAAUAAUUACUGCCUUUGUACUUUUUUGGAGUGCUUAAGUGUUACUUUAUAAAGCAUUACAUUUAUUAGACGUGCGUACAAAUUAAGUAAUACUAAGCUGAACAUGACGCAGUAUGUUGCAAUUCUUUGUAGAAAAAUAACUUUGGCAUAAUGAUAACAAAAGAUGUAAAAAAAUCAACCUUGUAUCGCUACGAGUUCGUUUUCGUCACAUGUGUACCGUAGAUAUUAACGAGUCAUGAUUAUUGGCGGCCGCGAAAGUGCGAGAAAGCAUACGUAACUGGUGCAAAAGUGGUUUCAGUGAUUGUGACGUCACGUACUCGAAAAUAAGCUGUUUAGUGUGUAAAUAAGUGUCGUCCGGAUGCGCGGCGGCUCGCGCGCGCUCUCCGGUGUCCUGGGCAGGGCACAAUUCGCGGCGUGAGGCUCCGCGAGGAUGGGCGGCGAUGUCUGCCCCGACCGAGAGCGCCGCCAGCCUCUCCGCCUGUGCCUGCACUAACAUAUCGCUUAUGCAAUUGUUCCACGAGCUCAAGCAGAAGUUCCCGAGCGUACCCGACCAUGUUGUGUCUAGCACCAUCGAGCUGUACUGCCACGACAAACAAGCCUGUGAGACACAACUGCACAGCGAAGUCAAGGCCUCCCUAACGCACGCGUACCACGCGUCCUCGUCCGCCGCCGCGCGCCACCACGAGCACAAGCUCAGCACCCCGGCCAAGUGCCGCAACCAGCCCAUAUUCAAGCAUGAGGCCCCUAAACUAACUGCCAUUAAUGCUGUCACUUGCCAAGCGCCUCAAACAGCUGUAUUAAGCACAUGCAUUACAGAUGAGAAUGAAAACAAUAAGGUAAACACUGAUGCUAAUCAAAAUGUUGUUGAACCUAAAGCCUUUAUCAAAGAGGAAAAUGUCAAUAAUUCCUCUCCAGUCACGGUCAUAAACAUUGACAACUGUUGUGCUAAGUACAGUGCUGAAUCACCAAGUGACUUGGAGUUAUCAAAUGAAACACCUAAAGAACAAGCUAGUACACCUCAGUCUAACCCACCUGAGCCAGAGAGCACAAACUAUAGAAUACUUAAAAGUAACAAAGUAAGAUGCAAUUUACAUGAGAAAUUAGAGAAAGGUAAAGGCAAGAAAACUAUUAAUAAAGAGGAACCAAAAGUGACUAUUAACAAAGAAGAGCCCAAAGGAAAGGAGGGAACCUUGGAAACAGAUUCACCACCACCAAGUGAACUGGUACAGGAGAAACCAAAACGGCCGAACACACUUGAUUUUAUCAAACCAAAUCCAGAUAUUGCAUUUAAGCCCCAUGUAGAGAGUGAGCCGUGUAGAUCUGUCUCACCAGCCCCUCCAAAACAGGAACCCCCUAAAGAACCAACUCCUGGGACAUACAGACCUGAAAGAGGGUUUUCAGAGAGACCAGAUCGUUUUCCUGUGAAUGUUUCAGUUAAUGUUAACUGUCAUAUGGAUUAUGGCUAUGAUCCAUGGCUAGAAGAUUUUCAUAGUCCGAGACCCAUAACAUCUGUAAAUUUGACAGUUUGUACACCAACAUCAAACAUGGCUAGUCCAGUGAGAGACAGGGAGGAUGAUUUUGAAGGGCAUGUGUUGGUGACGGUGAGUCCUAGUACAGCGCGGGCGCCUCCACGGCGUCGGGCACCGCCCCCGCCCGCUGCAGCAGCCACGCAGGAGCGUCUGGAACCAAGACCGACGCGCGCCGCGCCUGCACCGCCAGAAUCAUCACAUGUUCCAGACCGUUCCCUCAUCGAGCGUCAAAAAGAACGCCUCGGGCGCCUCGCGCGGGCCCUAGCGCAGGAGCGAACACGCCUCGCGCAGUUGACUCGAGAAGCUCGCGUACUGUCGGCACCGUUACCAACACCAGCUCAACGACAACAGUUGAGAGAUGAUGUUCAACGCCUAAGGGCACAGUGCGAUCAUCUAACCAAGCGUGUAGAGUUGUCUGCGCCGAGUUUAGAGCAAGAAGAAUCCGACAACUUCUACAACAACAUCUACACGGGGCAGCGGCCGCCGGCCUCGUGGAAGUGCCACAUGUGCACGUUCCUCAACCACCCGCUGCUGGACAAGUGCGAGGAGUGCGACAUGCCGCGCAUCGUCAUAGUUCGAGCUCACGAGGGGAUCACAGUGCGCCUGAUGCCAGGACGCCGGAAAAUUGUUCGUUCGUGGGUGUUAUGAGCGACGCUCCAGACAUGAAUUCUCUUAAGUGCAGUAGUACCAACGUAGACACACUAAACGGCCAUUAGUAAACCUUAUUGAAACUACAAAUGGUUACUUAAGUGCGUCUUUGUGUGUACAUAAGUCGAAACCGAUCUGUGAUAUUCGCAUUUGGUUAAUUAUUACAAGUCUGAUAUAUUCUUAUUUUCAUCUACAAUUCUACAGUUUUGAGUUCACAUUCCAAAUUUUGUAAUAUCGUUGUAUUUUCCUAUUCUCAAUGAGUGCUGUUACCAAAUGCGAAUAACUGUUGUUAUUUUCGUUAACUGCUGCACUUAAGGUGAAUAGGGAAUUAUGUACGACAAGACCUGGCUGACACUGCCAGACGAUUUUAGACUUAAAUGUAUUUGUAAUAAGGUACGGAUGAACUGGUUCAUCAUACGCUACGCGUGGUUUCAUUAUACGCUACGUAACAGUGGCGGCUCAAGGCCAAAAUUUUAUGUGGGCAAGGAACAUUUUGCGAGGCUCUCCUGGUGUCCGAAUUAUGCAUAAACCAUUGGGCGCGAGGCCGUAGGCGUCGCGUACGCCUACGCCAAACGCCGCCCCUGCUACGUAAGCUACGUAACUUCCACAAACACCUUACGUGAAACCAGUAUUUUACCUUGAUUAUGAUUAGACGACUUUGUUUACACAGGGUGAAUGUUUGUUAAUCGAAAAUAUUUGCCAACUUUUUCUAGUUAGACCAACCUGACUGAUAGACACGGUUUAUGGUGAGUUGGUGACUGAGUGAUUGACCACAAAAUAUUGAAGUCAUAAUUUGUGUAUCUUAGCGAGAAACCCACAUAGGUAAAGCCGGACCAGAAAUGUAUGAUCAUUGUCAAGAGGGCGCUGUUAUUCUCAUGUAUAGGGUGACAGUUCAGUUUAGUGUGAAAAAUUUAGUUCCAAUGAAAUUCCGCAAUAUGGCGCGUGAUCACGUAUUACUGGUCAGGCUUUAAUUCAUUUACCGAGCAGAAAAGAUUGGUUUUAGAUGAAACUUAUUGACCAAUUAGUUUUUUUUUAAUAUAAAUAUGAAUGUUUCUUUUAAUUAUUUCUGUCAUUUCCUAUUUCAGUUCAAACAUAUUAGAAACAUGUUUAUUUACCGUAACAAAUAGAACUACUAAAAUACCUACAUUCUUCGAACUUGAAUAGGUCAAACUGUAAAAUUACCAUGUGUCAUUUAACCUUUUGCCUGAGCCAUGUUAUACCACUCUGUCGCAUAUAGACGAGAGAGAAACUUAUAGCUUAACGCAGUGGUUCCUAACCUGGGGGUAAUUAAACCCGGUGGGGGUAAAACUGGUAUUUUACAGGGGUGAUAAGUUAAUCAAAGAGAACAAAGAUCUAUAAGAAAGAAUAUUAAUAAUUAUGGAGGAUGGGUAAAAUCAAGUUCCCUAGUAAGUCAAAGGGGUGUCAGUACAGAAAAGAUACCACUGGCUUAACGGAUAAUAUAUAUAUAUAUAUAUUUUAAACCACGACGGUGGCAAACAAGCAUACGGCCCGUCUGAUGGUAAGCGUCACCGUAGCCUAUGGACGCCUGCAACACCAGAGGCAUUACAUGCGCGUUGCCGACCCUUUAAAAACCUGUACACUCCUUUUUUGAAGAAUCCCAUACUGUAGCCCCUCGGGAAAACCUCGGCAGGAAGCUCAUUCCACAGCCGAAGCGUUCGCGGGAGGAAAUUCCUCUUAAACCGCACAGUACGCGACCAUUUAAGUUCUAGGACAUGAGGAUGAACACCCUGCCGACGGCGAGCGGUGCGGUGAUAGAAAGCGGCUGUUGGCAUCAUGUCAAACAAUUCUUCAGAGCACAGCCCAUUGUACAAGCGGUAGAACACACACAAGGAGGCAAAGUCUCUCCUUAGACUUAAAGGUUCAAUACCGCUUGUGAGUUUGGGAUCUUUAAAUAUUCAAUUUAAAGUAACACAACAGCCUUCUUUAUAGUUACAGCAGGUUAACGAUGAAGAACUACAUUCUACAAGCUCGGUACUUGUUACUCGUAAUAAAUACAUGAGGACACUAUGACACAAAUUGUGACGUUUUCAACUAAACCACAUUGCCGGUUGUCGGUAAGGUUGAUUUCAAAUUGAAGCUUUAUGGAAAUAGUCUUAUUGACAACCGACAAUAAGUACCCUUAUAGUUGAAAACAACAUUGACUAAUCCCCACAGUAACCAUAGAACGUAGUGAUUAUAUGCUCUUUGACAGUAACCUCAAUAAAGCUUGUGUUGUAUUGAGGUAAUAAAACAACAACACUAAAUUUCAUGAAGCAAUAUUUGAGUUUAAGAUUACUUACUCACUUCACUGGCUUAGUGACCUAAGAAGGAUCUCUUCUGAAACCAGAGAAUGCAACUCAGCCCUAUGGAGUCAUCCAUAAAUUACAUCACAUGAAUAUCAUGAUUUUUAACCCCAUGGGCAUUUGGCAACCCCCUUCCCCUAGUGUGACUUCACAUAUUUGGCAAUCUUGUUUUCAACGAAAUCAGCAAUUCGAAUGAAGUAUCACUAUUUGAAUUAAAAUUAUUUUUAAUUAUAGCAAUAUUAGAAAUUUUAUGACACGAAACUGAUUUAGGAAUUUGCAAAAACUUGUUAUUUUGCUGUACAGCGAAAACAAAAAAGUCAAAAUAGUUUUUGGCUACAAGUGAAGUUAUUGACGUCACAAAGUUUGUGACUCCCCCCUCUCCCAGAUCACAUUUUCCUGACCUCCCGCCCCUUAAACGUGUGACGUUAUUAAUGGAUGAUCCCUAUUCUGGGCCACUUUACGCUAGUAGGGUACAAUACAAUACAAUGGGUACUCCUAAUUUUAAGAUUAAAAAAAAACCUUAUUAUCUUUGAACAAGUCACCGUGAUUUCUAGUCGAUUCUCCGAAUUUCUUUAUUAUAAAAUGUAUUCGUAUUAUGUAUACUUGUGGUGUUUUACAAAAGUUUUAAUACUGAAUAAAGUACCUGUCAUUAACAUCUUUUUGGCUGUUAAAGAACGAUCAUGGAAUGGAGCUGUUAUAAGAUACACUAUAAUUAACUUGUUUUAAAGCAUUUCUUUCUCAUUAUUAGUCAUUUACCUGGCAAAUGUAUUACAUUAUCUACACUCUAGUCGCCAAUAGUUUUCAAAACGCUAAAUGCCACUUAUAGAAUUAGAAACACGUUUCCGAAACGCACAAAAUUAUUGUUCUCAAUUUAAGGAUAAGUCACAUUAUGAAAAGAGAUGUCUUUAUAUUUACAUGUCUCUGCUCUAUUGACAAAGCGGUAUGGGGACUACCGCGAACUUCGAAGUUACCGUCUCUAUCACUCUAUUCACUAUAAACGCAAGGUUGAUAAAGAUAGAGAGACCAUUGAAUUUCGAUGUUCACGGUAGCGUCCUUGUACGGUAUUCUAUAGUUAGUUUGUGCUUAACAGUUGGUUUUAUUCGCGUCUGCCGUAACACAAGGACUAUUUUUAUUUUUUGGUGAUUGUAUUUUUAUGUCAGAUUUUGAUAAAUUUGGUAUGUUUAAAGAGCUCCUCAUUCUGGUCGAAAUAAAAACGAAAUUCCAAUUUGGGACAAAAAAUGUUAGGUACCUACAUACAUUUUAAUGUUUUUCAUUUUUUGUUUCUUCCUUUGAGUCACGAAAAUUCCAUACGUUUUCGUAACUCAGUGGAUUGCUUUUCAGGAUAAACGGUGAAAUUGCUCUUAUGUUGUACAGCAUAGAGAACAUCUAUCCACUUUAGUUAAAUCUGAGAAAAGUGGAAAAACGACACCAAAAAAAAAAAAAGUCUAACAAUAUUUUGAAUCUACAUUAAAUUUACUGCCAUCUUUAGACACCUGAUUAAAACUUUCAGAACACCAUUUGACUUUGAUCCUUAUUCUUUCACUGAUAUGUUUUAAAUUUGUUAAAUGUCAAAAAGUGGCGUUCUUAAAAAAGUUUUAAUCAAGUGUCGAAAGAUGGCAGUAAAUUAUGGCUACUGGCUACAAAGUUUUUUUGGCAAUCCACCUCUAUUUCAAAUUCUCUUUAUUUAAAAUACAGCACCGAAAUCGUACGACGCUUGUAUUUUAACAAAAAGGUACAACAUAAAAUUUAUAAUAUCCAUCUGCCGAGUACAAACAAAGGUUAUAAACGCGGUUUAAACUAAACUAUUUCUCGGAUAGGGUGGUCUAAACAGAUUUAGGGAGAUUGUACAGUCAGCAAAAUGAUUAGCUUAGCACCCCUCCUACUUACAUCUUUGUGCCUAUGCAAUGCUGCUAAGCUAAUAGUUUUACUGACUGUACAGUCAGCAUGAAAAGUAGCAGAGUAAACAAGGUUUCAAAAGUAUCUACCGUUCUGAAACAGUUUAACAAAAUGUGAUGUUUCUAUAUGUAGAACAAUGAAGACGAUAAAAGAUAUACAUUUGAAUGUAAAUUUUAGAGAUUUAUCUAUAUUUGGAAAAGUUAUCUAGAAUAUCAGAUAUUUUUGCCGCGUUGUUUCAUCCGCUACUAUUGAUGCUGACUGUACAUUAGGUUAGGAAGAGGUCUCCAUUACAUAGGACCCGAGAAAUAGUGUAGUUUAAGUUUAAAAUGCUUUAAAGCAUUGUAUUGUAUAAUCAUUUCCGCAUAGUUAUUUUGCGCUCAGCUAGCACGAUUCCUUUAUCGCCGAUGUAGAACAUUCGUAUCUUUAAAGUGAACUGUAUUUUUGAGAGGGACAAAUGUUGUAUUUCGACUUUGAAAGUAUUGUGUUAGGUAACUUUUUUUGUAAUACUCCACGCUAUCGCUAGUAUUACAUGGGUUCAGUGAUUCUUAUGUAAAUAUUUACAUGGGUAGGUGAAGGUGAUAACAGUUUUUAAAAUUUUGAAAGCCAUGACUAAUGAUUAUAUUAGAAUUAUAAAAAUUAUAUAAUAGUAAACUUUAGAAGAAUGGUCAAUACACUUUGUCGCAUUUGUCGGCUAUUGCCGAUUAUGGCGGUCAAAGUGUUGACAAAAUUAAAAUGACUUUAAAAAAGUAUAAAGUCUAGCACAUUACAGUCAAGAGCUUAAGUCAAUUGUUUAAAAAUAAGAAAAGCAAUUGGUAAAAUUUUCUAACAUUUACACUAAGAGCAAUGAAAAUGUGUCACUUUGUGUUUAAUAAUAAUAAUAAAAACGUUUAAUUCAGGCCAAGAGCCCAUAAAAUUAUUACAUACAAUUAAAAUUAAAUUACACAAUGAACAUUAAAUAAAAAAUAUUAAAAUUUGAAUUAAAUUACACAAUUACAAAUAAGAGAAGUAAUCAUUAAUAACAAAAUUAUUUUUCAAUAAUUAUUAGAGCCUUAUAGUCGUCCAUUAAUAUAAAUAGGGCAUUCAAAUUCACACGUUAAAAAAUAUGAGUAUAUUCAUCUCUUUCUUUGGUGUAUUACCGUAUUAAUGAUACCUAGUGUAAUAAAUAGCUUAGAAAACUAGUAAUCACCUGUGGAUUUAUUUAUAUAAAUUGUCACUGGACAGAAGCUUUUAGUUCAUAGAUUAUAAACUUGUAUGUAUUUUAUAUUAUGUACUUACUAUUGUAAUUUAAUCUGCACAUUUAUCAGAAUAAACUUGUUACUGAAA